UCUCUUGAAGAACUGGAGGAUGCUCAGAUCUACACUCUCCUGCUGGAAAAGCACCUGAGGAAGCUCCCUGGGGAGGGCAGCUCCCAUCACCUUCCACACCAAGACCGACCAGGGCCAGUGUACAAACGAGCACCUGCUAGGAACCACUGGCCACGAGGGCAUGGGAAAUCUUCCCCCACCAGCUUGUCCCCAUGGGCUCCCCCAGCUCCUCUGGCCUCCAACCCAUCACCAGACCUGAAGACCUCCAUAGGGUCCUUUGAGUCCCUGUCAACCCUGAGCACCUCAGAGCCUUUGUGUCCCCUGAAGCACCCUUCACACCGGCCACAUGCAGGCACCCUAUUACCAAACCCAACCACCUCCACAGAAUCCUUGGGGCUUCCUUCGAGGGACACCCCACAUGCAGGCAGGGGAAGGCAGGGGUCCCACUUUCCUCAGACUGGACGUGCCAAAGCUGCUGGACACACAAGACACCAAAAUCCCAGACACCACCCUGAACACCGCACAUCCAACAUCCACCAACAAUUGGGACUCUCCCGAGGACAACUUGGAGGACCCCACAGAUGCUGGAAACUUGUGUUCUAA